CACCUUCGUACCUUUGGUUGUCUAUGUUAUCCUAACCUCACCGCUACUACACCCCACAAAAUGGCUCCCCGGUCAACUCGUUGUGUCUUUCUUGGCUUCCCCCCAAUCAUCGUGGAUAUCGAUGUCUGGAGUUAGCUACUGGAAAAAUCAUUAUCUCUCGCCAUGUUACCUUUGAUGAAUCUGUGUUUCCUUUUACAGAUCCAUCACCACCAACCCCCACCUCUUACAAUUUUUUAUCCUCCACCACACUUCCCUUAGAUAGCCUCGCCUAUCCUACCACACCCCCAUCUCACAACACCCCAACAUCACCCUCAUCUACCUCCCCACACAGUCCACCCAAUCCUCCCACACCACCAACGCCUCCAAGCGACCCUCCCCCUCCACAACCUCCUACCCGACCCACCCAUCCUAUGGUCACUCGUGCUUCUCAUGGGAUCUUUAAACCCAAACCUGUCUUUGAUCUCAAUGUCCAAACCAUUUCACCUCUCCCUCAUUCUCACCUUUAUGCCCUUAAAGACCCUAACUGGAAUGCUGCCAUGCAAGAUGAGUACAAUGCCUUAUUAAAAACUCAGACUUGGGAUCUUGUUUUGCGGCCCCCUAGUGCUCAUGUUAUCCGUUCCAUAUGGCUCUUCCGGCACAAAUUUCACUCUGAUGGGUCUCUUCAGCGGUACAAGGCCCGUUUGGUUGCUAACGGUAAAUCUCAGCAGGUUGGUAUUGAUUACUUUGACACAUUCAGCCCUGUAGUCAAACCUGCCACCAUUCGCACUGUUCUUACCAUUGCUACAUCACGUUCUUGGCCUAUUCAUCAACUGGAUGUCAAGAAUGCCUUUCUCCAUGGUGACCUAUGUGAGACAGUUUAUAUGCAUCAACCCCCUGGUUUUGUUGAUUCCACAAAACCAAAUUAUGUAUGCCGCCUGCACAAAUCUCUUUAUGGUCUCAAACAAGCUCCAAGGGCAUGGUUUCAGCGUUUUGCUACAUUCAUUACUAGUUGUGGGUUCCAAGGCAGUAUGUGUGACACUUCUUUGUUUGUCUAUCACUCUGGGUCUGACAUGGCAUAUCUAUUGUUAUAUGUGGAUGAUAUUCUUCUCACGGCUUCUUCAGAUGCGUUACUCCAUCGCUUUAUUGCCCUCAUGCACCAAGAAUUCUCCAUGACUAAUCUAGGAGAACUACACCACUUCCUGGGACUCACUGCGACUAAAUCCUCCUCAGGCUUAUUUUUGUCUCAAUCACUGUAUGCUCAAGAAAUUCUGGCUCGUGCUACCAUGACCAAAUGUAACCCCGUGGCCACACCUGUUGAUACAUCCUCUAAGCUCAGUGCUCUUACAGGGUCCCAUGUUGCUGAUCCAGCUUUAUAUCGAAGCUUAGCAGGUGCACUACAAUAUCUUACAUUCACUCGCCCGGACAUCUCUUAUGCAGUUCAACAAGUCUGCCUUUUUAUGCAUGAUCCUCGUGAACCUCAUUUUCAAGCUCUAAAGCGUAUUCUACGCUAUCUACAGGGUACACUUGAUCAUGGCUUAUUCAUAUCUGCAUCACCUAUCACUGGUCUUACUGCCUAUUCUGAUGCUGAUUGGGCUGGAUGCCCUGACUCUCGUCGCUCUACAUCUGGUUUUUGUGUGUUUCUUGGGGACAAUCUAAUCUCUUGGUCUUCUAAACGACAACCUAUUGUUUCCCGGUCUAGUGCCGAGGCUAAAUAUCGUGGAGUUGCCAAUGUUGUUGCUGAAUCAUGUUGGUUACGCAACUUACUUCUUGAACUUCAUCUUCCCCUGCGCCGAGCCACCGUAGUCUAUUGUGAUAAUGUCAGUGUUGUUUACCUCUCUGGUAAUCCCAUCCAACAUCAACGCACCAAACAUAUUGAGAUCGACAUUCACUUUGUGCGUGAACGUGUCCGUAUUGGAGAUAUUCGAGUCGUACACAUCCCUGCUGACUGACAAUAUGCUGACAUUUUCACUAAGGGUUUACCACGCUCCACUUUCCUUCGUUUUCGAGAUAGUCUUAGCAUUCGCCCUCCUCCCGCUUCAACUACGGGGGAAUAAUAGCAUAUAUAUUGUUACCAUGUUUAGUUUAUAUCCCUAUAAUCCCUCGUGUAAAUAUCCCCAUAAUAUCUCUUGUAUUUAUUAGGCAUGGCAAUGGGUUGGGGCGGGGCGGGUACUGCAAGACCCGGACCCGCCCCAUGACUUGGCGGGGCGGGUCCGCCCCGCCCCGUGACUUGCACGGGUCCAAACUUGUUGACCCGUGAUCCGCCCCAUGCAGGGCGGGGUGGGUCCGCCCCGCCGUAACCUAAUUAGCUAAUAUGUAUUUCUAUUUGUGGGAAG